AUGAAUUCAAUUUAUACAUAUUCUAAUCAUUAUUAUAAUGGAAUUUUAGAACAUUCUAGGAAAAAUUCAUACGACGCUAUACACUUUCCAAUGAAAACAAUUAAUGGGCAUAAGUAUGAUAUGGAAGAAGGAGGUGGAUUUGUACCAGAUAAUUAUGGUAAUCAUGAUAAUCAUGAUGAUCAAGAGUAUGAUUCAUAUCAUGGUAAUAAUUAUGAUGAUGGUGAAACGCAUAAUUAUGGUCAUGUUAAUUUAGCAGAACAAUCAAUGAAUAAAUUAAGAGAGUUAAAACGUCGUAAAUACAAUGAAUAUUAUAAAGGUAAGGAUGAUGAUGAAGAAGAAGAAGAGGGCGAAUAUCAUACUGAAGGACCAUAUAAUGAACCUCGUCAAGAACCAACACAACAACCAACUAAAGCACCGACAAAACCUCCAAGCAGGUCAAAUUCGUUGGCAGAGUAAACUAUUCACCUACUAAUUCGGAGUAUUUAAAUAAUGAAUUUAAAAUAUCAAUAUGUAAAUGAAUUAACUGACUUUUUUAAUGAUCUAAUAUCAUGAAUAUAUACUGUACGAUUUAAUAAAAC